GUCAUACUUCAAACCUCAAUUUUUCAGUGCCGUUUCGCACGUUUUUCUUGUAAAUAAAUAAUAACAAAAUAUUAAGAUGUUCCGUCUGCAACAAUCACAACCCGACCCCGCGGAGGAGCAGAAACGCGUAAAAUCAGAAGUCCGCUUCAACUUCAUCCUUUUUGGCGCUAUAAUCGCAGCUGUUCGAUUGGCUCCUGUUGUCCUGCAGCAUUUAAAUACAGCAUAGGAACAAAGUUAACUAUAUAAAGGAAGCAUAAUUAUAUCAAGCAGUUAUCAAUUACCUAGUUGUUCUACCAAUUUAAGUGGAUUCCUAAACAACUGGCACGCAAAAUGCAUUUAUUUAAAAGCACUUUGGCUAAUUGGAAAGCGUUUAAUGUUUGAAUCAAUGCAUUUUUUAAGUUUGGAUUAUAUUGAGAAAGUUUCUAAAAAGAAACUAAAACAAAAUGGAAAAGUGAAUAAAAAACAUAUUCCUUAAUAAAAAGCUGUAACAGA